AGUAGGUCUCGCGCCGAAAUAGUUUUUCGAAAACUUCAGGAGCUAUUUGGCUUGGGGAUUUAUUUACCGCUGCACCGUCAUUAAUUCGAGUUGUUGUCCCACGAAAUAAUUCUCAAAAAUGUCACCCAACGCUUUUUCCUCAUCACUAAGAAAAACUAAGGACGCAGCAGCUAAUUGUUCGUAUCGGAAUCAUCCAACCAUUCUAACUUUACCUCUCGUCAUUUUAUAAGAUAACACUGUUCUCUGAUUAGCUGAUUUGUUCUUCAAGGUCAUUACCGGCUUUGUUCAAUCAAAUGGAUGGAAGGAUCAUUGUAUUGCAUAGCAGAGCAUUUGUUGGUUAACGGGAGUCAGGUCUAUUGUUCGUUUUUAGUGAGAAAUCAGUCCAUUUGCUGUAAGGAUUCUCCAAUCGGAUGAUGCCUAAUAUCUUUCUCACGAAUUCGUGAGAAGCGUGAAUAACAUGCAUCUCGUAAUUGUAUGCCUCUUCAUUCCUAGUUCCCAAACUGAGUGCUAUGUUUUCCAAAGUACACUUGUGUCUCCCGGUUAUAGUUCUUGAGAUUUUCUUCAUAUGCGUGCAAAGUUAUGAUUUUCCAGAAAGUCCUUAUUUCUCGCGGUAUGAUGGCUUGGAUUACUCUCCUGAUUCAUUCGGUCAUCCACAUAAAAGAACACGUCGCAGCACCUCAAAAACAAACAUACUUUUGCCAAUAAAGGCAUUCGGGAAAUCCUUUCAUCUCGUUUUAUAUCCUGAUUAUGAAGUAGUUCAUCCGAAUGCCAAGUUGGUUGUUGGUGGUCGAGAAUGGACUGGUGGUCUUCCAGCUGUUUCUGAUCAUGUUGUCCGGGGAUAUGUUGACGGAUUCACACACAGUGUUGUUUUUGGAAGUGUAAUAGACGGAGUGUUUCGGGGCACAGUUUCCUUGAAUAAAAGCAAUUUAUUACAUUCGGCCCCUGGAUCUUAUGAUACCUAUUUUAUUGAACCCUCAGGAUAUUAUUUUAACAAAGACUUUCCGUUCCAUUCUGUUAUAUAUAAUUCGUUGGAUGUCAAGACCCCUACUGUCGGUCAGAGUCGUAUGCGUCGCGCAGUCCAAGAUAUGAACUUUAAGUUUUGCGGAUUAUCAUACCCUAGUAUUGCUCAGAAAAUGAGUAAAAUAAGUUGUAUUGAUGAUCGUAAAAAGCAUGGAACUACCGUCCUCAGGAAUCAUGAACCAUAUUUUCCGGAACUUCAGAGUCAAUUUGUUCGCUCAUUUAAAUCUCCACAUCUAGUUACCAAUAAUUCUUUGCCAUAUACAGAUAAAGGACCGAACACGCGGGUUUGUAAUCUCUAUUUACAGUCAGAUACAUACCUUUGGGAUCAUGUUAUAAAUAAGCCACAUAUUCAAGGCAACAGGGAGCUUGCUGUCAAAGAAAUCACCUCCAUUUUUACGCAACACGUUCAGGCCGCCCAGUUGAUCUAUCAAGAUGCAGUUUUCCGUGAUCACUCAGGCCGUUUAGAAUUCCGUGGUGUCAGUUUUCGCGUUGAUCGUGUCCUUAUCAAUGUAACGGAACAUGACUGUCGUAAUCGUGUAUGGAAACCUACGUAUCUCCAGGAUCGGAAUAAUUCAUAUAUCUCACCUACUGCCCUACCCCGUGAAACAUUUUCGGAUCAUCUGUCCCUCCAUCAGCCAAGUAAUACGGAUCACUUGAGUUUUAGUGGGGCAUAUACUGAUGAAAAUCCUUUUUGUGCACCCAAUAUUGAUGUCACUAAUUAUCUUAAUCUACAUUCAUACAACAAACAUGAUGACUUCUGCUUGGCUUAUAUUUUCACAUACAGAGACUUUUCAGGUGGGACUAUUGGUUUGGCAUGGGUUGCUGAAGUGGGUGGAGCAGGUGGUGUCUGUGAAAAACAUAGGCGAAUGCAGGAAGGAGAUCAAAGUGUUUACAAAAGUUUAAAUACUGGAGUUGUAACUCUAUUGAAUUAUGGAUCAAAGGUAGCCACAAAGGUAUCGCAGCUAACAUUUGCUCAUGAAUUAGGGCAUAAUUUUGGUGCUAAACAUGAUAAUUUUCAUGAAAAUGAAUCACAUGGAUGUUUGCCGUCUAUUGAUGAUGUCCGGGGUAAUUAUAUUAUGUUUGCUAGUGCGAUAAGUGGUGAUAAAGAAAAUAACAACAAAUUUUCCAGUUGUUCACUUGAUUCUAUUGCCAAACUAUUGGAUCGUGUUUUACGGGGUGAAAGAAAUUGUUUUUUAACUUCAGAUGGCCCAUUUUGUGGUAAUCAGUUGACUGAAGAAGGUGAAGAAUGUGAUUGUGGUUUCACCAGAGCUAAUUGUCAUGAUAAAUGCUGCCAUCCAAGAGAUUCAACUAGUCCAUGCAAGCUGGUCAACAGUGUUUUUAUAGAUCAUACCGAACGUACUGUUCAAUGCUCACCUACAGCUGGCGUUUGUUGCACCGAAAAUUGUCAAUAUCGCCCAGAAACUCAUAUGUGUCGUCCAGCCGGUGAAUGUCAUCGACCAUCUAAUUGCAAUGGAAGAAUGUCUAAGUGUCCACCUGUUGAUAUUUUACCAGAUGGUACUCUUUGUCAGGAUGGUACACGUGUUUGUAAACAGGGUCAAUGUAUUGGUUCAAUAUGUGAGCGUAUUCCUGGUUGGCAUGAAUGUUCUUUUACUCGAGAUAAAAAGGUCGUACCUGAAUUAAUGUGUUUCGUCGGAUGUAAGCAGAAUAUUUCUGGUGCACCGUGUAUUAGUUCUUUUCAGUUAGAAAAAGAGCUAGAUUUAAGAGCGAAAUAUCCUCAAUUGGCUGUUGAAGUUUUACGUAAUGGACGCGGCAUUAAAUUGCCUCCUGGAGCUCCUUGUGAUAACUAUCGGGGCUACUGUGAUAUUUCCAUGCGCUGUCUCUUGGUUGAUGCAGAGGGACCACUUUCUCGAUUAAGAAACUUGGUAUUCAGUCCACAAAUGUUUCAGAAAGUUAAAACAUGGAUAAUAAUUCAUUGGUGGGCGGUUAUACUUAUUGCCUUAGCCGUUAUUAUAGGUGCAGUUACUUUCGUCAAAAUGUGUGCCUAUAAUACUCCACCUGUUCGUCUACAUAAUGUGAAUCGUACUAUGCCAAACCUGACUCCCUUCUUAACUUCCAGUCAUAUUCCCUCUGGUUCUGUCGAUCAACCUGUUAUUUGGACUGUUACAGGUCAUCCUGUAAGAUGGGCUAGUUCGCCUAAUCCACGUACUAGUCGUCUCCCACGCUCUUCACGCAGACAGUCUCGUAAAUCCAAAGAUAUUAAAGGAGUUAUUCGCCACCAAAUAAAUUCUGAGAAAUUUUCCAUUACACCCAAUGCAGCUAUACAUCCUCUGGACUUUCCUCCAUCCAAUGCACGUCAAACACCGUUACCUGUGUUACACCCAAAUCCUUUGUCUGCUGUCGACUUGCCUUUACAACCUAUUCCAUGUAACAGUAGAAAUCCUAGUGAUAUUGAACCAGUUGGUGUCAACUCAAAUACUGAAUUUCUGCAACAAAAUAAUUUUUAUCAAAGACCAAACAGUGUGCUCAUCCCUUCAACUGCAAAAGAAUCAAACCAUGUCAGAAAAUCCAAAAUUCCAUCCAAACUAAGUAAUGACAAACGUAAGAGGAAGACACGACCAGUUUCUGAAUGUACAGUUGACAGUAAUGUUUCUGUCCCUGAAAUUUCAAUCCGGGUUGAUCGUCUUAAUGAAGAGAAUGAGACAGCACUUCCUCAACCUGACAAUAGGGUUUCUGGAUCUCAGUAUCUUCGUGAUGAUUCUCGCAGUAUUUCACCACCAUCGUACGAUGAUCUGAUACAACCCGAUAAGUGAGGCUAUUUGUUUCAUUAAUUUGUUUAAUUCCAAUCGACAAUGAAAACUUCCUUCAAUCAAUCAUAUGAUGGAAACGACAACGAAGAAAAAAAAUACUAGAUCUUAUAAGUUCAUAUUUUUCUUUAUUAAAAUAAUGACUUAAUUUUACCAGUCAUUGCCUACUAUUUUAAUUAUUUACUUAAUUACUAUGAGUCUUCCAUUCAUCAUUGUUUUUCUUUCGAAAUUAAUUCAUCAUAUAUUUUUCGUUGUCACUAUAUUUAGAAAAUUCUUUUCUAGCUUAUUCUCUUUUCUCGUUUUGACCAGUUCUUUCAGUAUGUAAAAUUCACACUAACACUACAACACUCACUGUAAGUAUACAAAUAUUUCAAGAGUUUAAAUAAAAGCGUUUGAGAAUUUUUUCGUUCACGUUAAUCCGUUGUGUUUCAAUGUUUUACUAGCUGAACUAUCAUUUCAUCUAUUUAUAUAACUAAGUUUUUUCCAUCUUUGUCACUUUCCGCUCUCUUUUUGUCAAGUAGUUAAAUGGAUUGUUUCUUAUUUUCUCCAAUUGUUUUAUUGUUUAAUCUACAGUUUCAAAAUACUGAAUGAAGGAAAGAUUUCAUCUAGUUUUUUUCUCUGAUUUUUGUUUUGUAUAUGAGUACUUUUUGUUUUUAGUUGGUUGGUUUCUUUUAGUUAUACACACUGUGCACCAAUUAUGUAGUGUAGAUCUUUUUAUUAAUGAAUAAUUGUAAAACAAUUAUUCGUAAUUCUUAUCAUGGAUAUUGACUCUAAUUUUGUUGUAUAUUUGUAUGUACAGGAAUGUGAUAAGUAAUAAACUAAUGUUCGAUCCCAUUUGUGUUUUAAUAUAAUUUAGUUUAUGUAUUUAUGAUGAACAUAAGAACGAAAUAAAUAAUACAGAAGUGAUGCUCGUAUCUCGUUCUCUUUAAGAUAAACU